AUGGCGGAGAACUCUGCUAAUCCAAUCCCUUUCUCGGAGCCACCCUAUAUUCGUGGCCUCCCUUCACCGUAUAUUACGCCUGCGCACCGUCGUUUCCAGCAAGCUUGCCGUAAAUUCGCGACAGAGAACCUACUCCAGCAUGCGUUGGAGUGGGAGCGCGAGGGCACCGUCCCCGAGCAUGUUUUUGGCACGUUUUGCAAGCAUAACAUGCUUUUGCCCAAUAUGCCUGCCCCCUUGCCCGUGGAUUGGCUGAAGCGUCUCGGAAUCAAUGAUAUUCUUGGAGUCAAGGUCGAGGACUGGGAUUACAUUUAUACUGGUAUCUACUGCGACGAGAUGGCUCGAUCAGGUCUCAGUGGACCUGGUGGCUCCCUAAACGCAGGCUUCGCCUUUGGCAUCUCGCCAAUUGUCAAGUUUGGUAGCCGUGAGCUUCAAGAGAAGUUCUUACCUGACUUGCUCACUGGCAAGAAGCGAGGAUGUAUCGCCAUUACCGAGCCCGAGGCUGGUAGCGAUGUCGCUAACAUCACUACGACUGCCGUUAAGAGUGCUGAUGGCAAGCACUACAUUGUCAAUGGCACAAAAAAAUGGAUCACCAAUGGCAUCUGGUCCGACUAUACAACUAUGGCCGUUCGAACCGGUGGCCCUGGGGCAGCGGGUCUGUCUGUUUUAGUUGUUCCUCUCAAGAACCACCCCGGUGUCACAAUGCGCCGUCUGAAGGUUUCUGGCCAGGUAGCCGGUGGCACCACCUAUAUCGAACUCGACGACGUUAAAGUUCCCGUAUCAAAUAUCAUUGGCCGAGAGGGCGAUGGCAUGCGUAUAAUCAUGACCAACUUCAACCAUGAGCGUCUGGUCAUAGCCAUCGGAGCUACUAGACAGGCGCGAGUCGCGCUCUCGGCUGCAUUCUCUUACUGUCUCAAGCGCGAGGCCUUUGGAAAGACCCUAAUGGAUCAACCAGUGGUUCGACAUCGUCUAGCCAAGGCUGGUGCUGAGCUUGAAACCAUGUGGGCGUGGGUUGAGCAGAUCCUGUAUCAACUUACUCAUCUCAGCAAGGAGGAAGGCGAUCGUCAACUGGGUGGCUUGACUGCACUCGCUAAGGCCAAAUCCGGCAUGGUCUUGAAUGAGUGCGCUCAGACAGCUGUUUUGCUCUUCGGUGGAAGUGGCUUUACGAAGACGGGACAGGGUGAAUUGGUAGAAGCAAUUCUUCGCGAUGUCCCUGGCAUUCGUAUCCCUGGUGGUUCUGAAGAUGUCUUGCUUGACCUUUCUGUUCGUCAAUUAGUCAAGGUUUACCAGGCAGAGGAGAAGAAGCUCUCCCAGAGCUCGAAGAUUUGA